UGCAAAUUCAUCAAAUUGGCUCACAUGAAGUAUCCAAAAACUCUAAUUUUCAACACAGUAGGUCUUGUAAAAGUGUCACUAUUUUAAAACAAGUUACACCGAAAGGUAAGAUACUGUAAGCAGUAAAAUGACAUGAGCUUUAGAACAACCAUUCAACUCCAAUUUGGCAGAGGAACGAGUGGCCCGUGAUAGAUCACGAUAUUUGUGCACCAGAAGAUCGCUUGCAUAAAUCUACUAGCGUUCUUUCGCGAAUGCCGUUCUCUUUUGGCUGCACUUCUCACUAUACUGUUGUAGAGAGCGAAUAAUCCAAUUGUAAAUGGAAGUCCUUAUUAGAAGUCCUUAAUCGUUAAAACGGUUCAAAGAAGGAACACAUAGGAGAAUGAACCUGUCUGGUAAUAUUGUACAUUUUACGUUACUUGCAUUUUGGCUUCCUCUACCGAACCCUGAAAGUAUUGCAUAUAAAUACUAUGCAAUGCCUAAUUUUUGAUAGGCUUCUAUAAAUAGGGCAGACGAAGAGUUUUUCUGGGCAAAAUGUUGAAUAUUGUUUAAGAUUGUUUAGGCCGCUAUUAUGUGUUAUUGACGUUCGGAUUACGUGACUACAUAGGAAGAACCCAAGGUAAUGGCAGGGGUGCAGGAUGCCAAGAUUGAGCUUCAAGGAAUAAACAAGUCUCUCUGUGUGAACUUGGCUCGCGACUCCAAGGUAAUGGAUUGCGAACAAAAUAAUGAUCUAUUAUGGGAGACAACCAUCACACAGGGGAACAAACAACAACAACAACAACAAAAACAACAACAACAACAACAAAAACAACAACAACAGCAACAACAGGAAUGCUGCCCCAUGUCGACGUCAUCCCGUCAGCCUGACAGCUUGUACGCGUACCUGGUGUGCUUCUGUGGUGUUGUGUGUAAUUUAAUCGUGUUUGGUUGUUCUUACUCAUACGGUCUUUUGUUUCCAUUAAUUCUUGAUGAGUUUAAAGAAGGAAAAGCGAAAACAGGUAAUUCAAAUAGCUUAGACAGUUGACUCUUUUUGCUUCCCUUCCCGAGAAGAGAAAAUUAUUCGGAUUCGUUGGAUUUGUCCAUCCCGGUACGCCCUGAUUUUCUCAUGUAGUUUUCCAUUUGGAAGCAUCCAGAAUCGCUUUAUUAGAAAGUAUUUCAGAGGGCCUUUCAAUGGGGGCCCAUCAACCUCAUCGGCCUUUCCAUUUCAAAAGGUUUGAUCCUACUCAAGUGAGCUUUGUCUCUUGUCUGUGUUGCUGCGGGCAUUUCUUUAAUCACUAGUCGUCGGCAGUCAUAGACAAAAUACGUGUGUGCUGUAUUCAUGGGAAAAUCAACUCACGACCAAGUUACAGUGAUACUCCCAAAACAGAGUUUAAGUUUGCUUAAAUGCCUAAGACGUGUAGAAAUCGUGGAAUGCAGUGCUCACGAACUUAAAUAUAAACAAAUAAACAAGCGAACAAAAACGAAGAAAAAAACAAACAAGUUUUACGAGCAGAGAACACGAAAAUCGUAAAAUAAGGGAGAAAAUUUUCUUAUUCCAUUUCGAGCAUGCAGUGGUUUGUGAGUAACAAGAGAAAAUGCGGUCUGCGCUUGUAGGAGAAGGUUAGUUGAGCACAAAAAUAAUCAGAGGGAGCGGCAAUUCUUGAAGCCUGCUAAGCAAAACUUCUAUUGGCUUGCCAUGGACUCCUUUCCCAAAGGAAAAGAGAAUUUCUCCGCCCGUAGGAGGCCGUAAUUCUCGUAGCUUCUUCUUGGCGUACGUAACGAAACAGAUAACCCACUUUGCUCUUAUGAUUCUACGGACUGGAACAAACGUUACCUAACCUUUCUAAUUGCUAAAUGGAAACUCAUUUCUGUUUUGCCUUUUUAUCUUGUCAGCCUGAGUAGGUUCUCUGGCAUAUGGCUCUACAGGCAUAUUUGGGCCUGUCGUUGGAGUUCUCUCUGAUCGAUUUAACCCUCGUAUCAUUGCGAUAAUUGGCGGUUUCAUAUCUACCAUCGCCCUCAUAGUGACGUCACAGGCUCCAAACCUAACACUGAUGUACUUCUCGUAUGGGAUCCUUUACGGGUUUGGGUCGUCUUGUGUAUUCUUUGUUGUUUUGAUUAUAUUGCAAAGGUACUUCAUUAAGAACCGCUCUAUGGUGAUUGGUCUUGCUGUAACGGGGCCCGGAGGAGGACUUCUUAUCAUGAGCCCCGUCAUACAGAUCUUAUUGAAUAACACCUCGUGGAGAAUGACGUUUAUGUCCAUGGCAGGAAUCGUGUUUUUGACUUGUAUCUUGUCGUGUUCAUUUGAUCCGAACGUUUCUUCAGAAAGCGAGUCAAGUGAUCAUCACCACACGCAAUCACGGAGGUUAAACGUAUGUGCAAGUUUGGAUUUUUCAUAUUUGAAAAACAAGGAAUAUCUUGUGUAUUUGGUGGCAAGCAGUGUGGCGUUUAAUGGCAUCGCCAUCCCAAUCGUACAUCUGGGUCGAUAUUGUCAAGAGCUUGGAAUAGAUGCUAACCGUGUAGCAGAGAUGUUUUUCUUUAACGGACUGGCAUCGACUAUUUUCAGGGCCGUCACCGGCCGACUUUGCGAUAUCAAGAGAAACUGUCCCAUAUGGAUCAUGAGAUUCACAGUGCUUGUAUCUGGAACACUGGCGAUUUUAAUGACGCGGUGGCCGUCAUUCAAGCAGCUUUUGGCGUCUUUUGUUGUUUAUGGGAUGAUGGAUGGCGCUAUCGCUUCAUCAUUGAAUGUCCUGGUUCUAUCCACGUUAACCCCGAAACAGAAAUCUCAAGGAAUAGGCUUUUUUCAUUUGUGUGUUGCAAUAACACUGAUAGCUGGUCCCCCCUUUGGAGGAUUUAUCGCUGAUUCAUUUGGCUCCUACAACCCUGCUUUCUACCUUGCAGGAUCGGUGCAGAUUUUAGCUGCUGGAAUCCUCUUCUUAACUCAUACGUCUUGUCAAACCGUGCUGUCAUCGCUAGCACUGCUGUACAGGACAUUAGUGUAGAAAACAGACCUGUCGUUGAGAAAAUCCCGGUCUCGUGAAAACGAGUCCUAUCCAAAGUCUUAAAGUCAGGAUGAAAUAAGCGAGCGACUGAAGUGAUAUAUCCAACACGAGAGACCGUGGUUUACCACAUUUCCAAAUACGGAGAAGAGAGUUGAAAAUACGCGGAACUCUGUCUUGAGUGUUCCUGAUCCUCUUAAUCGAAACUAAAACCAAGAAAAAAACGGAGAAAUAAAAUCAUAAAAAAAUCUA